GAUGAUCAUCGGAGGGGACGGCUACUGCGGUUGGGCCACAGCCNUGCACCUUUCGGCGCGAGGCUACGCCGUGUGCAUCGUCGACAACCUGGUGCGCCGCUCUUACGACCUGCAGCUGGGCCUGGACACCCUCACCCCCAUCGCCUCCGCCCACGAGCGCGUGCGCAAGUGGGGCGAGGUGUCUGGCAAGCACAUUGACCUGCAGGUCGGAGACAUCUGUGACUGGGAGUUCCUGAGCCAGGCUGUCACGAGCUUCCGCCCCGACUCUGUGGUCCACUUUGGGGAGCAGCGCUCUGCCCCCUACUCCAUGAUCAACCGCCAGCACGCCGUCUACACCCAGACCAACAACGUGAUGGGCACCAUCAACAUGCUGUACGCCAUCAAGGAACUGUGCCCUGACUGCCACAUGGUGAAGCUGGGGACGAUGGGGGAGUAUGGCACCCCCAACAUCGACAUCGAGGAGGGCUACAUCACCAUCAACCACAAUGGACGCUCCGACACGCUGCCCUACCCCAAGCAGGGCGGCUCCUUCUACCACCUGUCCAAGGUGCACGACUCGCACAACAUGCACUUUGCGGCGCGCGCCUGGAAGCUGGCCAUCACAGAUCUCAACCAGGGCGUGGUGUACGGGGUGCGCACCGAGGAGACAAUGGCGGACAAGGCGCUGAUCAACCGAUACGACUACGAUGGUAUCUUUGGCACGGCCCUCAACCGGUUUGUGGUGCAGGCGGCGGUGGGCCACCCGCUCACCGUGUACGGCAAGGGUGGGCAGACGCGCGGCUUCCUGGACAUCCGCGACACCGUGCGCUGCAUCCAGACUAUCACCGUGCCUAACCCUCGUGUGGAGGCCGAGGAUCAUUACUACAACGCCAAGUGCACCAAGCUGCGGGAUCUGGGCCUGGAGCCUCACUUCCUCUCUGACGGCCUCAUCGACUCGCUGCUGACCUUUGCCAUUGACUACAAGGAUCGCGUCAAGUCCGAGCUCAUCAAGCCGGCUGUGGACUGGCGGAAGAGCCCCGUCACAGUCGCCACCAUGUCUGCUGCCGUGGCCAAGUGA